AUGGACGACAGCGACAGCGACGAUGACCUCGUCGCUUCCCUCGUGGGAAGUGGGAUGAGGGGAGGACAGAAAGCGGUCGGCGACCAGUUGGCGAGGUUCCGGAGAGGAGAGUCUCGCGGGGAAAUUUUGGCAGCGAGGAGGGCAGACGACAUGCCCGCUUCAUCCCCUGCGCCGCCCCCCGCGCGGACGUCCAACAAUCUCUCCGCGCGCGCGGCUGCGGUCGGCGCUUCAUCUCCACGCGCGAAGCUCCUCUGGAAGAAGGUCAGGGACAACAGACUGGCAGACAACGGGGAGCGGCCAGCUGAGGAUGCCGCGGCUGAACAAUCCCGAUUCUGGCGAAUGAAUGCAGGGGCGUCGGCGUUCCUGUUUGGCGUGGACAAAGACAUCGACGGCAGGCGAAAGAACCGCGCGGAGAAAGUCAUGAAGCGCGUGAAACAGCUCAGCAAGAGGUCGAAGUUCACCCGGAGUCCCGAAUUCGACGAGGAGCUCAAGCAGCUGGAGCCUCUCACGUCGUUCCAGGCGCAUCGGCUUUGCCGGGACAAGGGACUGGCGAUUCGUAACCGGGAGGGGCACCCGAUCCCGCUCGCCAAGCUGAAAGAGCGGCUGCUGCACCUGGAGCACGGGCGGUCGUCCGCGGACUGGUUCCACGCCUCGCCGUUCGGCAGGAACAAACGGGGCUACUGGGCCCCCAUCGCACUCGGGCUGGUGCAGUGUCUGCUCAUCAGCGCAUUCACCGUGGGACUGACGUACGCAGUGUAUCUCGUCGGAGCCUCGUAUCACGACAAGUACGCGUGCGACCGGAUAUGGAACUGGCUCAACCCGCAGUGCCAGGUUGCGGACUUCGUGCGGACGACGGCGAAGCAGUGGGUGUACAGGUGGUACUGGCAGGUGGGCACGGUCAUCGCGGCGAGGGCGGGGCACUGGGCGGACAAGAUGAGCAAAGAGGCGAGCCGCCUGGCUCUGGACGCCACGGACAACAUCGCGAAGCAUCUGGGCGACGGCGAAGAUGGAGACGCCAUCCCGGACGAGGAGUUCGAUUGAUGA